CGGCAGGACAAUUGGCUACGUGAAACACAUGUGCAUUAUAACGGGGUUCGCGCAGACGCCCCUCUGCAGUGCCUCGGAAGCGUACGCUGGAAUUCUUUGCCCCAGCGAAGAGCGAAGGUAUGCUACAGUGCGCCGGAGGAGGAGGAGGAAGAGGAGGAGGAGGGGGAGAAGCAGGGGAGAAGGGAGGAAAGCAGAGGCAAAGAAGCGGGCCACAAGCAGACGGGACAGGCGACGCAUUUUGCGGAAGACGCCUCGCCGGAGACGAUGUCGAACUGCUGCGCACAUGUCCGACACGGCCGAUGCCUGCAACCUACCAGCCUCCAGCUACGCUGGACUGACCUGCCACUUCGGAAGCUCCAAACGUGGAAGGCGACAGGGAGGAGAAGUCGCCUAGGGCUCCCAACUUCGCGCUUCGCGCUCCGCGAAGCGCGAAGCGCGAAUAACUUCGCGCUCUCGCGCCGCCCCCCCAGAGGGAGAAGAGGAGGACGAGGAGGAGGGGGAGAAGGAACGAGGACCGCGAAGCGCGAAGCGCGAAUAACUUCGCGCCCUCGAGGGAGCCCUUGGGGAGGAGAAGUCGCGGGGGACCGUGGACUCGGGACAUGGACGCGCCCCUGCUCCGCGAGCGUGCGUCUCUGCUUUCCGGCACAGCGGCCGCCACCGGGCCCACCCACCCGACCCCUCGACUGGUGCCGUCGCGCUCGGCGCCCGCAGGGUCUGGGCACAGCCGACCAUGCCAAGGACCUGCGGGCAGGGCUGAGCGGCGGACAGUGGCCUGUGGGCUAAACAACCCGCGCAUGUAGAUACAGUCGGGGUACGACCAGAAGGAGCACUAAACAAGGAACGAAGGUACCUUCUUGGCGCCAACGGCUCCUGGGUGCAGGAGGAAGGUUGGAGGAACGAGCACGGAGCGACCUUCAAAACACAUCGAGC